UGGGGUUCAGGGGCUCUGCGGGUCGCUGCGGGGCUGGGGUCGUGCUGGCGGGAGUCCGGGUGCGGCACCUCCUUCCGCCCCACGGAGUGGGCGGCGGAGCCCCGAGCCGUGUCCCCGGCCCGGUGUCCCCGGGCGUGCGGCCGUGGCGCCUGGAAACUGACCUGCUGAGUCACUCGUGCCCUCUGUGCGGGGCAGCCGCCGCCGCAGGAAGCGCCCCGGGCCCCGCUGUGCAGGCCGGGUGGGGAGCAGCCCCCAGCGUGGGGCGCUGGCAGCCUGAGCCGCGUGCUCGCGGGGCCCGGGGGCGGGGGCCGUCUGUGCCGGCGGCCCGUGGGGAGGACGGUGACGCGCAGCCGGCGGAGGGGCCCCGUGCGUAGCGAGAGGUUCUGGAGGACACAUGCCGGCGACAGGACUUCAACCCCAGCGAAUACGAUCUGAAUGGAGAUUCGCCAACCUGCCCAACAAUGCCAAGCUGGAGAUGGUACCCAUCUCCCGGAGCCGCGAGGGCCCCAAGAACACGGUUCGCAUCGCUCUGCAGCUGGACGACGGCUCUCGGUUGCAAGACACUUUCUGCUCGGGCCAGACGCUCUGGGAGCUGCUCAGCCAUUUUGCACAGACCAGGGAGUGCCUGGAGCAGCUGAGCGAGGCCAGCCCGGUCUGUGUGUACAUGAGGGAUGAGGUGACUGGCAGAGCCUCCUUGCAGGCCACGACACUCAAGUCCCUUGGCCUCACAGGGGGCAGCGCCAUCAUCAGGUUUGCCGUGAAGCGAUGCAGCUCUGCUGGGGUUUCACGGAGCAAAGCCCCAGGAAGCCCGACCGCCUCGCUGUCUGCUGACCAGGCCGCUGGCAGCCCUCUGCCCCCGCUGGAUUCAGCGGGGCUCAGCCGGGGGGAUGUGAGCCAUCAGGACGAGGCAGACAUCUCAGGGGCCGGCCGUGUGGACGCUCCAGCCAAGCAGAUCUCCAAGGAGCCCGCCCCCGCCCCCGCCCCCUUUGUUCCUUUCUCAGGUGGGGGGCAGCGACUGGGGGGCCCCUCUGGCUCGGCCAGGCCUCUGAUGUCGCCUUCAGCCAAACUGCCUAAGUCCUUCUCCAGCCCUGGAGGCCCGUCCAAGCCAAAGAAGUCGAGGCCUGGCCAGGAGCCCCGGCCAGAGGCAGAGCCGCCAGUGGAUCGGGACCCCGUGGUGUGCCACCCCGACCUGGAGGAGCUGCUCCAGGCCUGGCCUGCAGAGCUGCCGGACGAGUUCUUUGAAGUGACUGUGGACGACGUGAGGAGACGCUUGGCCCAGCUCAAGAGUGAGCGGAAGCGUCUGGAAGAAGCACCGUUGGUGACCAAGGCUUUCAGGGAUGCCCAGAGGAGGGAGAAGCUGGAGCGCUACCCUAAGGUGGUCCUGAGGGUCCUGUUUCCUGACCGCUACAUCCUGCAAGGCUUCUUCCGCCCCAGCGAGACAGUGGGGGAUCUACAGGCCUUUGUGAGGAGCCACCUGGGGGACCCCGAGCUGCCUUUCUACCUGUUCAUCACUCCUCCAAAAACUGUCCUGGAUGACCCCACGCUGACCCUCUUUCAGGCCUCUGCCGGGAAUAUGCGCUGUGCCCUCCCCACUAGAGUCUGCUUCUGCCUGACGCUCCCUGUGGCCCCCAGAGCCUCUGAAGGCAGAUCUCUUCCCUGCGGCCCUCGUGCACUUCGGAGCGGAGGAACCAACCGGACAGCCACCUGCAUGGGCCCCAUCCCCUCCUGGAGCAGAGCAGUGGUGGGGAGGCCGUCUCUGUGGCCUGAGGGUGGGCUCCGUGUCCUGCAGGCCUCUUCCUGGAGCCUCGGCUGUUGGAACACACGGUCUCCCCAUCUGCAGCUGACAUGCUGGUGGCCAGGUGAGCGCCCGCAGUGGGGAGCAGAGAGGCCCUGCCCUAGCACGCCAGCCAUCCUGUACCCCGGCCUUUUGCCCGCAGGUGCAUGUCCAGGGCUGCUGGAACCCCACCCCCGAUGCCAGCCCCUGACCCUGCGCCCCUCGAGUCAGAGCCAGCGGCCGAGGCAGGGGCAGUGGGCCUGUCUGAACCCAGCCCCGGAGCAGCCCAGCCAGUCAGGAGGGAUCUGGGGAAGGUCCCCAAGUGGCUGAAGCUGCCAGCCAGCAAGAGGUGAGCGCCACCAGCCUGGACGUGCCCUGUGUGCCAGCCGCGGGACCCCUCCCCACCCUGAGCGGGAAUAAAGGUGUGAGCUGCUCUCGAGA